UGAAACACGUGCACGGUAGUGGCCGAGUGAAGUCCAGCCCUCAACUAAAUAUACUUACACAAAAUUAUUUUCAUUUAGUCAUAAAGAGAAGAAAGGAAAGAAGCGAUGAUAAAAAGCUUUAUAGAGGAAAUGACAAACAAAACAAACUACUUUAUUUAGCUUGUAAAUAUUUCCUUCAAUUUCUUUUUUUUCUUUUUCCACAUUAAAACUUCUUUUGAGGACGAUUAGAAAUUUUUAAUUCUCCUCCUUCUCCCUCUCUUCCUUCGUCUUUUAGUCUGUUUUUAAACAUUGAGUCAUUACUUACCUGUAAUUACCUACCUGUAAUCAAACUUGUUGGACGAAUCAAAGUGAGUGCUGGUAUUGGGACGCCAUUUUUGUUUUGGUGACACGCUACACGGCAAGUCUAGUGACUUUCAGGAAAUAAUUGCCCAUAUGUAGAGAGUGACAACUAAACUAUGAUAUAAACUUUGUUGUUUGGAUAUGACUAACACCAAUUAAUCAAAUCAUAACUAUUAUCAUAAAAUCAAAUCAUGGACGCAUGUAGCUCUGAGAUGCAAAAAUUAACAAAUGCUGAUAGUAACUGCUUUUUGGGUGAAACAUGAUGGCAGACCAUAUCACUUCAGUCUGGAAAUAUUUCACAAUAUUAAUAUAUAAUGGAUAGGCGAAGUGGUGGAAAUAAUAACAGCAAUGAGAAUAACCAUAUUGGUUAUAGGAACUAUGUUAACGAACCAAAGUGUUCAUGUUACCUGACGGGUCAGGAAGGUUACAACAAAAAGCAUUGCAGUAACUGUGAUCGUGGUUAUGGUUUAACAAAAGCUGCCAGAAAUAUUUAUGGUUUAACUUCUGCAAAUACAAGAUUAGUUCUUAGCAGCCCCAAACAUAAGGUUUGGUCAGUUUCAUCAGUAAAGUCAAAUGAAAUAAAACCUGAAUUUGCUUGGCCUUACGAAGAAAAGAGUAAGAGUUACUCUGACUUAUCAAAGUUACAAUUUAAAUCUUUGACAAACGAGCAAGUCGAUCGGCUGUCAGUAUCCGAUCAUCACAAAUGGCUUAAACGUAGUAAGAAUUAUCAAGAAACUUGGCAACAGCCUGAUCUGACCAGUGAUUACAGAGGAGAAUCUAAGAAAGACUACAACACUGAAGAGAAUUCUACUUUUAGAGAUAAAGUAUUGUUUUUUAAUAGAGAUAAAUUAUUGUUUUUCAAUAGAGAUAAACAAUUUAAAUCUAAUGAAAUUAGAAGAAAUGUGGAUAAGAACCUACCAAAUGACUAUAUGGAUUCAAACUAUCCUUUAAAGAAACAUAAUCUUAAAAAUUCGGAUUUGCGGCCAAAGUCUGAAAGUCAAGAGUCAGUACGAGUACCUGAAGAUCGAAGACACUCUGAUGAAGUUCCUUACACACUUACCCAGCUCCAAAGCAAAGCCUUUGAGUUUGGAUUAAAAAGAGGAUUCUCACAAAAUCCAUCAACUGUACAAUCUUAUGAAUCUCUAAACUCUGAAAAUUCUGAUUUUGAAUUUUCUGUUGAAGAAACUGGUCAUGAAAAAUCUCCAUCAUGGCCAGUUACUGUCCAUAGUAAAAUUCCUUGUGAACCAUACACUAUUGCUGUAUCUAAGCAGUCACAAACUUGGUCUUCCUCAACUCCUAUGUUAGCAGAACACAAAUCUCUGUCUUCAGCUAAACAAGGAAAUACUCCUCUAUUUCAAAAACGUGAUACUGAGAACACUCCUGAUGACAGCUAUGCUGGCAAUAAACAUUACCAUAAACCAAAGUCAUCGAUGCGAUUUAAAGAAUUUUAUAAUUCUAAACCUGGAUAUCCCCCUCCAAGAUUCGAUUCUGAUGGUCACAAUUUAGGCGAUGCUGAAUAUAAUGUUCCUUCUCCACCUGAACGAGAUAUCCCAGUCCCCAAAAUGAUGUCCUCUGCAACUGAAAAGACUUCAAACAAAACUAUGCUAUCACAUAGUCAACAAACUUCCCCAAUUAGCCCUUUAAUCAUGAAUUGGCCUCAGUUAUCCUCCUCCUCUUCUAAUCUUCAUAGAGAUACCCAGACUUCUUUACCUGAGGAAGAGCAAAAGAAAAGGUUCUCUACUUCUGAAGAUGAAAAAGAUAAUAGUAUGAAACCUAGGUCUGAGACAGAUUCUAAAAUUUAUGGUAAUUUGGUCACAAAUCCUAUCAUGAUAAGUGGAGAAAAAUAUGCUGCAAACAACAAUUUUAAAUUGGGUGAUGUAAAAAGCACUACAGGUUCUUCAUCAACUUAUAUAAUCAAACAAACACCUUAUUACAACACUAGCACUCAAACAGAGUUAGUAUUUCCCAACACUCAAGAAUUGUCAAAUACAGGCAGGAAUACAGAAUUGUCAAAGAUGAAAAGUGCGGGAGUGCAAGUAGGCUUAGAAAAAGAUUUUAGCCAUGAAAACAGUUUGCAAACUGCUCCACUGGCAGAUAGUAAAGAUUCUGAUUUCAAUUCAACCCAAUCCAAGGUUGUGCAGUCUACUGGACUGCAAGCUUCAGUUGAAGGGGACUUAAAUGUUAAUUAUUCAAGAGCUUAUCAACCAAUGCGCAGACCUCCUAGCGAGUCAUUGACAGAUCAUGUUAGAAACCAGGCAUCACUUUUAGAAGAAAAAAGGGAUCAAGUCAGUGAUAUGAAAUUUAAUCUAGAAUCAAAUAAACAACCAAAACAAAGAUCUGCAUCGGAAUCAGAAGUUAGACGACCUAUCACGGUUGAGAAUUUAUUAUCUGGUUACCAAGACUAUGUACCAAGUACAGCCCCCAUCCUCAGAAAGCUUUCAGAAGAAUUUUAUAUGCAAGCAUUCAGACAAGGCACUAUUCCACCUAUUAGCACAUCAUCCUCAAAUUUGUCUGCAUCACAGGAAACGUUGACACAAGGCUUAAAACAUGCUGAUUCCAACAGUAGUCUUGUAAUUAAAGUCUCACAACCUGAGUCAACUACAUCUUCUAGACCUAAUUUCUUUAGCUUCCCAAACCAGUCAAGCACCUCUUGGGAGACACAAAAACAUUAUCCAGUCUCAGCAAAUCAACAUUUUAACAGUCAAGCUACAACUCCUUUUUUUGAAUCUAAAGAGGACCAAUCACUUGAGUGUCAACCUAAUCAAAGUUAUCCUUUACCAAAAAAAGAAAAGAUCCCAAAUUCUUAUAAACAACAAAAUUCUGCUGCCAAUUAUACUUCGGACACCAGUAAUGCAAACAGAACAUCAUCUACUCUACAAGACCUAGGUAUGCCAGAGAAAUUUAGAGCUCAAGUUACCAGCUAUGCAGUUCCACAAAAAACACAGGAUUUGUAUGCAUUAUCAACUACACCACUGCCUUUAAUGCAUGAAUCUUCAGCUUCUACCAAACUCGAUGCAAGCAAAUUUAAAAAAUUUCACAGUUCGACUUCUGUGCUAGACAGCAAAAAAAGUGCUUAUGGUCAAGAUCGGUCAAGUUUUCCUGGCAGUCAAUCCUCUAUAUUCCGAAAGCAUAAUGAAGAUAAAAAUCCUUCAGCUUCCAACCAAUCCGGUGAACAGAUUUCUUCACAAAUUACUGCUACACGCAGGGCAUCAAUGAAAAAAGCUUAUGGAAUGUAUGAUGAGACAGAAGCUGCAUUGUCAGAAAGACCACUUAUUAAUUAUAAACAAUAUCCAUUUGAAAGCAAAGACCUAUUAGAAAUAUCUGAAAAUGAUACUAAAUUUGAACCAAAAUGGGAUCAUGUCCCGAGAAGGCCACGUGUAAGAGAGGGCUUAAAUGAAAUGGGUCAGUCUAUGCAAGGUGAAGGUUUGAGUAACUCGAGUCACAAUACCCAGGCAGCUACCUCUAUUGUACAUGGACGUAGUGACAGUUUGCCUUUGUCUGUAAAGCUAGGUGAUGAAGAUAAGUUUGCUGUGCCACAAGGUCCAGCCCCUAAAAAGGCAUAUCAGAGCAGUGUUGCUAAUCAACGCAACAUGAACCGAACAAUUUCCGAAACAAUGUAUCCAUUAAGGAGCUACACAAGUAACUUAGAUGUAACUUCAUCUCAAACUCAGGAAAUGUCUGCUAAGGCUACACUUGAAGAUGGAUGGAACCCUCAGCAAUUAAUAAAUCCUCAGAGUGACAGUUACGACAGAUUAAAGAAUUCUCGACGAAGAAGUUAUACCAGUAAUGACAAUGUCUUCAAGAAGUCUAUCUUCACUGCUCCAUUAAAUCCUAGAUUAUAUGGAGAUUUUCAACAUGUAACACAUUCUAAGCAAGACUGGCAGCAGCAGCAGAAUGAUAAUAACAAUAAUACUAGUAAUAAUAGUAAUAAUAUUAACAACAACAAUAGCACAACAAACACACAGUCUGAUUACAUGGAUAUGUCUGGAAGACACCAAGAAAGGACAAAGCAUCAAACAGAAUGGACACGUGUUAGAUCCCAAAUGUCUGAUAGUAACAGAGGCCUGUACGGCUCAGUUUCCUUUGACAAAAUAAAGGACCUCAGUUCUCCCGAAUCUUCACUCAGUUCCUCUCAGAAAAUAACAAAUUUAGAAAAGAAACAAUCCCUCCUUUCAAGCUCUCUGUCAUCUGUUCCAAUAUAUCAGAAUGUAGCCGAAAAAAGUGCACCUACAGAUGUCAAAUUUGAUGGUGAUUUGGAUAUGCCACCUGCUCUUCCACCUCGGAUUUACAGACUUUCAUCAGUGGAGGCUUUAACAAUGAAUAACAGCAAAAACGCUAACACCGACAGUGAAGAUAAAUCUUAUGGCAAGCAGCCGAACUUAUCAGCCUCUCUUUCUGGUCAUUUCCUACGAAAACAAAUGUAUGCUGAGCAAGUACGAGCCCAAGCUAAGCGCUUCUCUGAACAAGCCAAAGGGAUGUACAUUGUUAAAACAACUCCCAAAAUUGGGAUUGCUGAACAAACAAAAGUAGUGACCUGGGCAGAUGAACCUCAGAUUGCAGUUCCUGCGAAACCACUAGACAAAGAUGGUGAUCAAUCACCUAAGCACCAUUUCAGUCCAGAAAUUGCUGCAGACGUAACAACAGAGCCUGAGUAUCCGCGUGACACCUAUGCAUCUUACAGAAGCAAGCAGUCACACCGUUCCGUGGGUGUUUAUAAGCGGUCAAAAUCAACACUUGAUAACAGCCUACUUACUGAUCAAGAUGAUGAUGAGAAAAUCAGGAAUAACAAUGCAUUUGCAUGGAAAAGUGAAGACAAUUUGGGACAUGUUGGCUUUCAAUCACGAGCCUCAUCUGAGCAAUGCCUUGCAGGAAUUGAUCAAGUAUCUGAUCAGCUCUACUUACAUCUAUCAUCAUCAACUGUAUCUCUUCCUACUGAUGCUGAAUCAGCUGAACGAACAGAUCCUUUUGUUUCCAAAGGGGAAGAAAAUUCCGACAGUCAAGUUUCUGUGAAGCAGCGAGUUAAAAAAUUUGAAGUAACGAAACCAGAAACUAAAGCAAAACAACAGAAAGAAGAAAGGGUAAAACCUUGCCCACCGCCGGUUCCUGCCAAACCUAGGUCUUUGUUACUUAGAACAUCAUCAGAGAUUUCUGCUGAAAGAAAGAACAGUUUGCCAGGACAACUGUUACCUUCAGAAGACAUUGGUAGUCUGGGUCUACGAGGACAGCAUCAUGUCCCAGGACAACUGUUACCUUCAGAAGACAGUGAUAGUCUGGGUCUGCGAGGACAGCAUCAUGUCCUUGGUGAUUUUAGUAAACCAAGCAGUGACUCGGGUGUUUCACUUGAAUCAAAUAUUAGUCCAUUAAUUCACCAGAAAUUAAGUCGGAACCAGAACCAGUUUCCUCCGAAACCAAAAGCUAUAGCAACCUGUGAUCAUAGUAUGGGGCAGGCAAGUGGAGAUACCCCACCAACAAAAUGUUGGGAUGGUGGUACAGAAAACCAACAGUCAUCUUAUCUUAAUACAACUUCAGAAUCUCGUUAUUUUCCUUCAAAGCAAUCCAUGGUUACUGAUUUUCCAACUUCUGUUGAAUCACAGCCCAACAAGGUAACCCUAUCUUCAAAUAUCAAUCCAGAAAGUCGAUUAAGCUAUUUGAAACAGAAGGAUACAAAACAGAAUUCAAGACCUGUCCUUCAAGAAAAACCAUCAAUGUCUUUUGCUACUCCAGUUCAUCUUGAUUCUCAUUUCUCUCACAACCAGUCUGAACAUCAAGCUCCCGAAAAGUCUGCUAAUUCAGUUAAAAUCGUUUCUAAUACUGCUGAAACUGUCUCAAAAUGCCAACCAGUUUAUAAUGCAAUUCACAUGCAAGAUUCACAAAAUAACAAUUUUCUUAAAGAACAAGCUGCUGUAUCUUUGCCACAGAGCGAAGUUUCCAAUAAUCAGGAUAGUUCUAGAGUUGUAGUAACUAGCUCUUUGAGAAGAGAUUCUUCAGAUGCAAACAGUCAACAAAUUCAGAAAUCUGAACAAAUACAAAAUGAGAGCUCGCCACACAAAGUAGCAGUUAGCAAUAACAUUAAUAUAAAUAAUAAUACUAAUAGUGCUAAUGUUAACAAUAAUAAUGAUACUAACAUUGGUGGCAAAUCUUCAACAUCAGACUCAGAAACUAAGAAGGAAUAUAAGAUCAGUAGUCACUCAAGACAACCUUCGCAAGAAGAGCUAGAAUUUGAGAUAAAAGCAAAGGAGUUGUCCCAGGAGCUGAAAGAAGAUGAUAAAAACUUGCUGCAAGUUCUUAAUCCCAAUAAUAAAAAAGCCAUUGAUUUUGUGGAAGAUUUAUUGGAAAAUGCAGCAUAUGAUUGUCAACAAAUUCCUACUAAAUUACCCAAGGAGAGCAGCAACACUUCUCUUAAUGAAAGCAGUCCAGGAUCAAACACAGCAAAUUCUCAGAGCGGAUCUCAGUUCCAGGUUAUUUCAGACAGCUACAAAGAGUCUGAGAAAUGUCAGGAAACUGAUGAGGAUGCAUUACUGCAGAAAAAGGAAGGAUUAAGGGUCAGCAUUAUGAAGAAACUUGAUGUUCUCCGUGAAGCAAAGCAAAGUGUGGAAAGAGAAAUCCUGGAAAUCAACAGUUUGGGUGAAAAGAUUGUUAACAACUUGGAUGAAUCCUGCCCAAACAGCCAAGAGAAAAAUAAAUACAAAUCUUUCCUUGAAGAUCGUGAAAUGGUCAUAAAACUGUUAUUAAAACUCUCCGUCCUUCUUGCACGUGCUGAAAACAGUGUUCAGUGUUUACCUGCUGGUGUUGAGGCAAGGAAAAAGGAGCUUGCUAUUGAGAAACGUGACAAGCUAAGUCGGCAGCACGAAGAAGCUAAACAACUCAAGUCAGACAUUGACAGACGCCAAGAACAAAUUUCUAACAUCCUGAAACAGUAUCUUUCUGAUGAGGAUUUGAAGGAUUACCACUAUUAUCUUUCAAUGAAAUCCCGUCUGAUUAUAGAAUCACAAGAACUGGAAGACAAAAUCUUCCUUGGACAAGAACAGCUAUCAGCUUUGAAACGUAGUAUUCCAAGUUCUUUCCAAUCAUAACCCAGACUUAUCAUCAACCAGUUAAACUACAACUACUACUACAACAUACAUACGUCUUUCAUAGAAUUUUUCGUUUUAUUUUAAUCUUAAUCUUCUCAAUCACUUUUAUUGCCCGAAAUAUCUUCUUUCAAGAGAAAAUGAACUUUCUUCUUUUAUGUCUUUUUUUUUCUUCUAUAUAUAUAUAUAUAUUUCUUUCCCACAGUUUGGCACCCCACCCUCAUUCCUGUAGCAACCUGAAAAUUCCUGCAAGUGAUCUCCUGUGUAUUUUUUUUUUUAUUACCUCAACCUUUAUUUAUUUUGAUUUUGAUUUUUCGUGGCUUAUAAAUAAUAAUAAUAAUAAUAAUAAUAAUAAUAAUAAUCCUUUCUACUAUAGGCACAUGGCCUGAAAUUU